GUUUCAAAUUUGCAGGCAGCCAUUCCGCUGAUCUAAGAUUGGCUAGGACUCUGGAACUUGCUAUUUGUUAGAAGCAUCGGUGGCGGGGCGGGGUUAUGAUAAGGGGCGUGGCCUGGACCGGGUACCCGAGCCCUCUGAAGCUCUAGGAUCGACGGACCACAUGGCACCCUCUUUCUACCACUAUCUACCGGUGCCCAUGGACGAGAUGGGGGAGAAGCAAGGAUGUGGCACCCGCCCGCGGUGUCUGGUGGCCGCGAUCUUGAUGGUCCUGCUUGGGGUUACCUUACUCACCCUGACAAUCUACUACGCCGUCACAGGGAACUGUAAGGACGGGCUGUGGGCGCAGGAUGAGUGCCGUAACACCACUCACCUGCUGCAGCUCCAGCUCACCCGCACUCAGGACAACCUGCUGCAGGCUGAGACGCAGGCAAACUCCUGCAACCGGACCGUGGUGACCCUUCAGGAGUCCCUGGAGACAAAGGCAGCUCAAGCCCUGGAGCAGCAGGCCCGCAUCAGGGAGCUUGAGAAUGAAGUCAUGAAGCUGAACCAGGAGCUGAAGAGUCUGAGGAGCCAAAAAGAGACUUCUAGCACAGUGCAGGUGAACUCUGGCAGCUCCAUGGUGGUCUCCAGCCUACUUGUGCUCACAAUGUCACUGUUCCUUCUCGUUUGAGGACUCAAUAGUUGGCAGGUCACAGCUUUUUGAGAUCACUAUGGGUCAUAGUGGCUCUGGAGGUGUCCUGGCAGCCCUGAGGAUGUGGAAACCACUAGGUGGAACCCAGAUUGCCUCUUCCAUAGUAGAACCUUAGGACUGGGGGAGGGAGUUCUGCUUUAUUGCUUUCCACGGUUAUUGGGGAGGGGUCCCUUAUUUCUGAGUUCUUUGAGCCGGGAAAAAUAAAGUAAUUUGGAAAGAAA